UGCCGCUCGAGCUGCUUCCUCGUUUCUCCAACUCAGUAUACUCUUAAUAUUGAAUUUUGAAAUGAUUAAUUUUCUGUUAAUAGAUUAAUAAUAUAUUAUUUUGAUUUUAAUGUUAUUAAUUUUUAUUUAUUUGAAAUUAUUGUUAGGUUCCAACAAAAUGGCAAGUGUAGAGAGCAACUCAAUAGAGUCUCCAAUGGUAUCAAAAAAAGAUCCUGCAUGGAAGUAUAAUUAUUUGAAGGAUCCGAAAGAUCCUAAUGCAGUGACUUGCAUAUUCUGCGAUAAGACUACCAGAGGUGGUAUUUUUCGUGCAAAACAACAUAUAGUAGGAAAUUUCAAGAAUGCAGCAGCUUGCAAAAAAUGUCCACCCGAGGUAAAAGAAGAGUUGCUGAAUUAUAUGAAUGAAAAGAAGACACAAAAGAAUGAAUCUUAUGGGAAUUUACCAGAAGACAAUGUUGAACAUCUCAGGGAAGAAGAAGAAGAUUAUUCUGCGAGUAUUAACCCAAGUGAAAAAAGAGUAUACGACAAAAAGGGAAAAGAAGUUAUGAGUACUAAGAAAGGUAGAAAAGGACCGAUGGAUCUAUAUAUGCUUCAAGGAUCCCAGAAACAACAAGGGCAAGCAGGAGGCUCAAAAUUGAGACAAACAAAUAUAAGUGAUGCUUGCGAUAAAGAAAUAAGAGGAAGAACAAUUCAGCACAUUGCUCGCUUCUUCUAUCAAGCUGGUCUUCCCCUUAGUACAACUCGUUUAGACAGUUUUAAGGAUAUGAUUGAAGCUAUUGGAAGAUAUGGUGCAGGAUUAAAACCUCCAAGUUAUUAUGAGAUGCGAGUUCCAUUGCUGCAAAAAGAGUUGAAUUAUACAAAUGACUUACUAAAGGGUCAUAAAGAAUCAUGGGCAACACAUGGUUGCUCUAUUAUGUCAGAUGUUUGGACUGACAGGAGGCGCAGGAGUAUAAUUAAUUUUAUGGUUAAUUGUUCUUUAGGGACUAUGUUUGUAAAGUCAAUAGAUGCUUCAUCUUUUGUAAAAUCUGGAGACAAGAUAUAUGAUUUACUUGACAACUUCGUGGAAGAAAUUGGAGAACAAAAUAUCGUUCAAAUCAUAACCGACAAUGGAAGCAACUAUGUUUUAGCUGGUAAUAUUCAUCUUUUGAUUUUGUUAAUUAUUUUAUCUUCAAUUAAGUGUGUUAAACUCUUAAGUCUUAUCAUUUUUGUUAUCCUUUGUCUCAGGUAAAUUGCUUGAAUAAAAAAGACAACACUUGUAUUGGACUCCAUGUGCAGCACAUUGUAUUGAUUUAAUGUUGGAAGAUAUUGGAAAGAUCUUAGAAAUCAAGAAAACCUUAGAAAGGGUAAUUUUUGUUGUUGGAUUUCUUUAUAAUCACAUUGGGGCUUUGAAUAUGAUGAGAGAAUUUACAGGGAAUAAAGAAUUAGUGAGACAUGGUGUUACCCGAUUUGCUACUUCAUUCUUGACAUUACAGAGCGUGCAUCGUCAAAAACAUACUCUGAGAAAUAUGUUUACCUCUGAGAAAUGGGUGACAAGUAAAUGGGCAAAAGAAGCAAAAUGCAAGAGGGCUGUUGAUAUCAUCUUAAUGCCAUCCUUUUGGAAUCAUGUAGUUUAUAUAUUAAAGGUAAUGAGCCCUCUUGUUCGAGUCCUUCGAUUGGUGGAUAAUGAAAAUAAGCCUGCAAUGGGAUAUAUUUAUGAGGCUAUGGAUAGAGCAAAGGAGACGAUUAAAAGAUCUUUUAAUGAAAAUGAAGAAAAAUAUGAGAAAAUUUUUACAAUCAUUGACGAAAGAUGGAAUUGUCAACUUCAUCGUCCCUUACAUGCAGCAGGAUAUUAUUUGAACCCUGAAUCCUUUUAUAAGAUUAAAUCUGUUGGAUUUGAUGCAGAAGUUUUGGGUGGGUUAUAUCAGUGUGUUGCAAGAUUAGUUCCCAGCAUUGAGGUUCAAGAUAAGAUUAUUCAUGAAUUAUCUUUAUAUAAAAAUGCUGAAGGUCUUUUUGGAAUUCCAAUUGCCGUUCGAUCCAGGACAACUACCUCUCCAGCUGAAUGGUGGAGUCUAUUUGGAAAUUCCACCCCGAACUUACAGAAAUUUGCUAUCAAAGUACUUAGUUUGACAUGUAGUGCUUCGUGUUGUGAGCGAAACUGGAGUGUCUUUGAGCAUAUUCACUCGAAGAGAAGAAAUCGGUUAGAACAUCAACGAUUGCACGAUUUUGUUUACAUAAAGUAUAAUCAAGCUUUGAAGACUCGUCAUGAUUUGAAAAAUAGAUUUGAUUCAAUCUCAUUGCAAGAUAUUGAUGAUUCAAAUGAGUGGUUAGUAGGAGAAAUGGGUGCUAACUUGCAAGAUGCUGAAGACGAGCUUGUAUUUGAAGAUGAUAGAUUGACGUGGGGAGAUGUGGCAAGAGCUUCAGGUGUUGGAGAAUUACAAACAUAUACAAGACAGAUGUCAAAGAGAAAAAUGAGUGCAAAAGCAUCAAGCUCGGCUCCUGCUAUUGUUGAAGACACAGAGAAUGAAACAUAUCUUGACGAAGAGGAAGGAAUCGAAGAACAAGAGGAAGAAGACGAAAUCAAUGAAGAUGAUUUGUGUGAAAAUGACGAUAAUAUUGAUUAUGAUGAAUGACUUUGAUGUAAAAUUUUAAUGUUUUGAAUUUUGAAACUUUUUGUUAAUGUGACAUUAUGAUUUUGUA